AUGGCCCCAUCCUACGAGUCCGAAUACGAAAUCAUUGAAGAGGAGCCUACAAAUAUCUUCGACUACCAGGACACACCUGAGAACCAGUCAUGGGCUGGUACUUUACCACUCAAACAGGGUCUUUACGACCCUGAAUUGGAGAAGGACGCUUGCGGUGUAGGUUUUGCUGCUCACAUCAAGGGUGUUGCUAGUCAUAAAAUUCUCAGUGAUGCACGAAGCCUAUUGUGCAACAUGACCCAUCGAGGUGCUGUUGGUUCCGAUGCCAGAGACGGUGAUGGAGCUGGUGUCAUGACCUCUAUCCCUCAUAAGUUCUUUGUGAAAGAGUUUACUGGGACGACGGGCUUUGUGUUGCCCCCACAAGGCCAGUACGCUGUUGGUAACUUGUUUUUCAAACCAGAUGAAGACAUCCUAGUUCGAAGCAAGGCAAAAUUUGAGAAACUUGCGGAGCAAUAUGGUCUUCGUGUUCUAGGAUGGAGAGAUGUACCUCGUGACAGCACUCUUUUGGGGCCAGCUGCUUUGUCUCGGGAGCCCAAGAUUCUUCAACCCUUUGUCGUGCUCAAAAGCUCUUAUGGUGCGGGAAAGGAGCCGGAAAAUACAGAUUCAAGUUUCGAUGAGAAAUACUUCGAACGACAACUAUAUGUGCUGCGGAAAGUUGCGACCAAAGAGAUCGGGCUUCAUAAUUGGUUCUACAUUUGCUCUCUGAGCAACAAAAACAUCGUUUACAAAGGCCAAUUGGCACCGGUUCAAGUGUACACCUACUAUCACGACCUUGUAAACGUUGACUUUGCGGUUCACUUUGCAUUGGUUCAUUCUCGUUUCUCCACAAAUACAUUCCCCAGUUGGGAUCGUGCUCAACCAUUGAGAUGGGCUGCGCACAAUGGUGAAAUCAACACAUUGAGAGGUAACAAGAACUGGAUGCACGCGCGUGAAGGACGGAUGCGCUCAGAGUUCUUCGGUGAAGAUCUCGAAAAACUUUAUCCAAUCAUCGAAGUAGGAGGAUCUGAUUCCGCAGCUUUUGAUAACGUACUUGAAUUAUUGGUUAUCAACGGUGUUCUUUCCUUGCCAGAAGCUGUCAUGAUGUUGGUUCCCGAAGCCUGGCAAGACAAUGAAGAGAUGGAUCCAAAGAAAGCUGCUUUCUACGAGUGGGCGGCUUGUUUGAUGGAGCCUUGGGAUGGCCCAGCUUUGUUCACAUUUGCAGAUGGAAGAUACUGUGGUGCCACAUUGGAUCGAAACGGCCUGAGGCCAUGUAGAUUCUAUGUAACUGAUGAUGAUCGCAUUAUCUGUGCAUCCGAAGUUGGCACUAUUUUGAUUGAACCGGAACGCAUUGUUCAGAAGGGUAGAUUGCAGCCUGGGAGGAUGCUUUUAGUUGACACUGUUGAGGGACGCAUUGUUGAUGACAAGGAGUUGAAGAUGCAAGUCUCUUCUCGCUUCGACUUCACAACCUGGACACAGGAGCAAUUGAUUACCCUUCCAAAGGUCCAACAGAGCUUGAUGAGCUCUGGCGUAGUGCUUGAUCCUGAAUUGGACGAUAUCAGUAUUCAGAAUGAUAAAAGAUUGCUCGCGUUCGGAUACACAUUCGAGCAGGUCGGUUUGAUUCUAGGACCGAUGGCUGCCGAUUCGAAAGAAGCUCUAGGAUCCAUGGGUAAUGAUGGCCCACUAGCUUGCUUAGCAAACCAACCCCGUCUUUUGUACGAGUAUUUCCGUCAGCUUUUUGCCCAAGUCACAAACCCUCCUAUCGAUCCCAUUCGUGAGGCUGUUGUCAUGUCUCUUGAAUGCUAUGUCGGACCACAAGGCAAUCUUCUUGAAAUUGAUCCUUCUCAAUGCCAUCGUCUCCUGGUUCCUUCACCAGUUCUCUCUCUCCAGGAGUUCAAUGCCUUGCAUAACAUUCAGGAGUAUCAUAAAGAUUGGACGGUUCAGACGAUUGAUAUCACAUUCCCCAAGAGCAAGGGAGUGCCUGGUUAUAUCAACGCUAUUGAUGAAAUCUGCAACCAAGCAAAUGAGGCUGUCAAAGCAGGCUAUAAGAUAUUGGUCCUCUCUGAUCGUAACGCAUCGGCCGACCGUAUUGCAGUAUCUGCUCUUCUUGCAACUGGAGGUGUUCAUCAUCAUCUUAUCCGCAAUAAGGUACGCUCGAAGAUUGCUUUGAUUAUCGAGACCGCCGAAGCUAGAGAGGUUCAUCAUCUUUGUGUACUUCUCGGAUACGGUGCCGACGCUAUUUGCCCAUAUCUUGCAUUGGAAUGUAUUCUCAAGAUGAACCGCGAGAAAUUGAUCAGAGGGGGUCUUUCAGAUGAAAGAAUCGUCGAAAAUUACAAGCACUCAUGUGAUGGAGGUAUCUUGAAGGUCAUGAGUAAGAUGGGUAUUUCUACUUUGCAGAGCUACAAGGGUGCUCAGAUCUUUGAGGCGCUGGGUGUGGAUAAUUCUGUCGUCGAUAAGUGCUUCACAGGAACAGCAACACGUAUUAAGGGAAUUACAUUCGAAUAUAUCGCCCAAGACGCAUUCGCUUUCCACGAGCUGGGAUACCCAAGCCGUUCAAUUGUCUCUCUCCCUGGCCUUCCGGAAUCGGGAGAAUAUCAUUGGCGUGAUGGUGGUGAAGCUCAUGUUAACGACCCUGUCAGUAUUGCCAACAUCCAAGAUGCAGUGCGCACGAAAAACGACAAAUCCUAUGAAGCCUACUCUCUUUCAGAGUAUGAGCAAAUUAAGAAUUGUACCCUACGAGGAAUGUUGGACUUCAAUUUCGAAAAGUCUAAGCCAGUCCCGAUCGAUCAAGUAGAACCAUGGACCGAAAUUGUUCGUCGGUUCUGUACCGGUGCUAUGUCUUACGGAUCAAUCUCCAUGGAAUCUCACUCGACCCUUGCUAUUGCAAUGAACAGACUCGGCGGUAAAUCAAACACUGGCGAAGGCGGUGAAGAUCCUGAACGAAGUAAUGUCAUGGAAAAUGGCGAUACCAUGAGAUCGGCCAUCAAGCAGGUCGCGUCUGGGCGUUUUGGUGUCACUUCUCACUACUUGGCCGAUUCCGAUGAGCUUCAGAUCAAAAUGGCCCAAGGAGCGAAGCCUGGAGAGGGAGGCGAGCUUCCUGGUCACAAAGUCUCACAAUCGAUUGCACGUACCAGACAUUCAACUCCAGGUGUUGGGUUGAUUUCUCCUCCUCCACAUCACGAUAUUUAUUCCAUCGAGGACCUGAAACAGCUCAUUUAUGACCUGAAAUGCGCUAACCCCAGAGCCCGCGUUUCAGUCAAACUUGUCUCCGAAACCGGCGUUGGUAUCGUUGCAUCAGGUGUGGCUAAGGCCAAGGCUGACCACAUUCUUAUCUCAGGACAUGACGGUGGUACCGGUGCCUCUAGGUGGACUGGUAUCAAAUAUGCUGGACUACCAUGGGAGCUUGGUUUGGCCGAAACUCACCAAACACUCGUGUUGAAUGAUUUGCGUGGUCGUGUAAUUGUGCAAACAGAUGGUCAAUUACGCACAGGUCGUGACGUUGCUAUCGCCUGUUUACUAGGUGCCGAGGAAUGGGGAUUUGCGACUACACUCUAA